AUGGCCUGGGUACCCCCAAAUGUGACUGUGUAUGACCCCAGUGUGAGCGACCCUUUAACCACCGGGAACUUUUUAAGUUCAACUCAGAAGCCCUUGGAAUGCCCAGAAACCAAGUCUACAGUGCACUACAUCAUGGUCUGCCUGGACCUGAUCGUCAGCCUGGCAGGGCUGGCGGGGAACGGCCUCGUCCUCUGGAUCCUCGGCUUCCGCCUCGAGAGGCCCCCGCUCACCCUCUACAUCCUCCACCUGGCCAUCGCCGACUCCUGCUACCUCCUCUGCCAGAUCGGACUCAGUUUCUUAGUGAUUCUGCAAUUAGUUAGGUACGACAUAAUCAUACGUAAAGUUCUAUUUACAGUUUCUCUUUUCACGUUCUCCCUCGGCCUGGGCCUGCUGUCCGCUCUCAGCACUGAGCGCUGCCUGACCAUCCUCUUCCCCAUCUGGCAUCGCUGCCACCGGCCAAAGUCUCUGUCGGCCAACGUGUGCGCCCUGCUCUGGGUCCUGGAUGCCCUCUUAAUUUUGCUCUGUGUCUUCUUCUGUGAAUUAACAGUCCACUCAAAGGUCUGCAUAACAGUAUUAGCUGUGUGGAGCUCACUGGUCGCCCUGAUGCUGUUUCUGGUGGUCCUAUCCAACAUCGCUCUGCUCAUCAGCAUCCGGUGCCGAUCCCAGCGCCGGCAGCCCUCGCGGCUCUACGUCACCAUCUUGCUCAACAUCCUGGUCUUUCUUUUCUGUGCCACUCCCUUUGGCAUCAACAAGUUAAUUUCUCUUUGGGUUAAUUGUACACCUUCCCAUUACUUUCUGGCCUCUCAGUUCUUGUCCUGCUUGAAUAGCAGCGCCAACCCCGUCAUCUAUGUCCUGGUGGGCCGCUGGGGGAAGCGGAGGUCACAUGAGCCACUCGCCAGGGUCCUACACAAGGCAUUUGAGGACCACCCGGAGCCCAGAGAGCUGGGGGAGACCUCCACCACAGCCACCACAGAGGUGUCAUCCUAA